AUGUCACUGCCAACAAGCCCUCAGGGAAGUGCUGCUGGAAGGCCUAGCUGGCAAGACCAGCUCCAGGCCCACUGCAGAAGUACUAAGUUACCUCCCCCUGUCUUCAAUAUUGUGUCCGAUCGGCGAGGGGGUCGAACUGCUUGGUCAAGCACUGUUACUGUCAGAGGUGAACAUGUUGCUGCUCGAUACUGGUAUGACGGUCAAUACAUCAACAAUGCCAAAGAAGAUGCCGCCGAGGUCGCUCUGAAGCUGUUGAACCAGCAACCCCGAUCCUCAACCAUUCAUGCAGGUCAGCUCUGGCCCCAGCAAGCUACCGGCUAUGGUGGAGGGCCUGGAUUCUAG